CUAAGAGGCGUGGCUUGCGAGACUACCCAAGAGAGAAACAGUGAAACUAGCUAGUUAAUAAGUUAGCUUGUGUCUGCCAUAAUGACUGCAAUGGUGGACUCGUACCCUCGGACAUCAACAGAUGUGCCCCAGUACUAUACCGAGGACCCGCUGGAAGACCCGGGUGACGUUGUUAAACCAAAACCAUCAGCUUUCAAUGCUCCAAUAUCUGAUCCAGAGCCUCCUAGUCAAACAUCAGUUGUUGAUAUUCAAACUAGCACCCAACCACAAACACCCACUGUUCCCACUGUAGGCAAUAUCAUAACACCAACCACUCCUCAACCAAUGUCACUCGAUCGGCAAGAUUCAGAAAUUCAGGUUUUGACAAAUCCCGAUAAUAAGUUUGAAGACAGUACGGUGGCGAUGCUUCGUCACUACACACCAGAGAGGAAUGGUCGCCCAGCAUCGUUCCAUCUGUCAUCGUCAGGGCGACCACGAGAGGAGCCAGCCAUGACGGACAUCUUUAGAGUGGCUGGGAAGGAGUGUAUGGUCACGCUGGAGGAUGAUCUCAUCAAGUGGAGUCGCCGUAUUGCCCCAGGGAAACAGUCAAAUCAGACCAACACGCUGUAUUUGAGUGAUUUGUUUGCCGUGGUGUAUGGGUCUCCCCUACCCACCCCCCCUAAGGCCCAGGGCCACUCCCGUCAGCCGUCAGUCACCUCACUCUCCACUACCUCCACACUCCCACGCCCCACACGCUCCUCCACGCCCACACAGGGUCUAGAGUUCACUCUCCACGCACUCAAGUCCGAACCAGGUACGGUCGGUAAGCUGGUAAAGGUCACCUUCAGGGGUCGAAGUGCAAACACGUGUCAGAUGUGGGCCGAGAAUAUAAUGCACCAGAUGUACAACUUCGGCAAUCGUCCCCGGCGACUGUACGUGAUUGUGAACCCUGUGAGUGGAGGGGGCGGCACAGAGAAGCUGUGGAGCAAGGUCCAACAGAUGUUCACCGUGGGCCAGAUUGUCACUGACGUCAUCAUGACCACUCAGAAAUUUCAUGCUCGGGAGCUGCUGCAGUCUCUGGACCUCUCACAGUACGAUGGUGUUGUAGCUGUGGGAGGUGAUGGAGUAUUCAAUGAGGUGAUGAAUGGCCUCCUCAUCAAGACCCAGGCACAGGGUGGAGUCAAUAUGAGGAACCCUCGCUUCUUCCCCCUCACUCCCAACAUACGCCUGGGGGUCAUACCCACUGGCUACAAUAACUCUAUAGCUCGCUCCGUGUUUGGUUGUCGGAAUCCGUUUGUGGCAGCUGCUCAAAUCAUGCUCGGCUGUAGCUCUCCAAUGGACGUGUGCAGUGUGUCCCAGAAUAACCAGUUGCUAAUGUUCUCAGCUGGCCCCAUGGCGUACGGUUUCUGGUCCGAUGCGGCCGUGUUCAGUCAAGACUUCACCUGGCUUGGUUUAAAGAGGUUUGAUCUAGCUACGUUGCGAACACUGCUCUCAAGGAGAGAGUUUGAUGCUGAGAUACAGUUUGUACCGGCAGAGGACCCUGGGGAUAUAGUGAGGAAGGGAGAGAAGUGCUUCAACAGGUGUCCCAAGUGCAGCAGCUUUGAGAGCCAGACUGAGAGCCCCAGUGCAGCCAACGAAAAAGGAGCUUGUCUAAUGGCAGUCAACUCAGAAGUAGAUCGUGUGGAUGAUCGUCAGUGGAAGACCAUCAAUGGUCAGUUCUCGAGUGUGAUGGCCUGUCCCCACAUUUGUCGUGGUCUCCAAGCUCCACAGGGGGUCUCUCCGUACGGUCACCUUGGCAAUGGAUGUACUGACCUCAUUUUGCUUUCACGAUGUUCCGUGUUUGAACACGCGAAAUUACUCCUCAAGCAACGAAGGGGAAAUCCCCAGUUCACGAACCCCAAUCUGCACAUUCGUCGUGUGAAGGAGUUCCGGUUCAGAGAGAUCCUGAAGCCUGCUCGUGGCAGUAGGGCAGUGUCUACCACCAGCCAGGAGGCAGAGGACAACAUUGAUGUGCGCUCCAUGGACAACCUCAUGGAGCAGGAUGAUGAUGAAGCGACCAAUAGGAGGGCACACACAGGGGGAGGUGGUCCCGGCCCUGGACUGCCCACCUCACGAUGGAACAUUGAUGGAGAUGAAAUGCCCAGAGCAGAUAUUGAUGUUAGGGUUCAUCGUCAGCUUGUGUCUGUGUUUGCACGUGGGCCAGAGCCAGUGGAUGCUGACAGUGCCUCAUCCAGCCAGGUCAGCAUGGACCCUCAGGACAGGACGGACCAAGAUGACCUCAUACCAUCCCCAAAAUGAUCAACAUGAAUUGACUGAAUGUUUGCUUCAUUUUUUUUUUAUAUCAGCUUGUUUUUUGCCAAUGACAAUUUGUGUGUAUGUGAUUUGUGUAUGUGAUUUUGUACAAUGUAAUGAAUAGAAGUUUUCUUACAAUAAUUAUUAGACAAAACAUAA